UUUUUUUUUCCUCCAGCCAACAGAAAGCAACACGAACACACUCUUCUUCUCCCUCACGACCGUAAGUUCAGUUUUCUCCCUCACCAGAGUGCCACCGUUUCUCGCCGUCGUGACUGUAAGUUCUGUUUCCAUCCCACAACUAACAAGUCAAUUCAAUCCAUUAAAAGAACAUUGUCAUCUGUCAUGUUUCUCAGAUCCAAAAAUUAACUACAAUAUAUUUGCCAAAAACAGAUUUUCACAACUAAUAAAUAAUUAAUUAAUAGUUGUAAAAAAAAGGCUAUUAAAGUAAGCAAAGCAGCGAUGUUUAUCUUUUCGUGAAGCAAACACUCCCUUUCUUGGAGUUCCGUUUAACAACUUAUCAUUACAGCGUUCAUUUUCUUCUAUUUUUCGAUCGACUUACGAGUUCCCCGCCGUCACCACCGUCACGCUCGUCGGUCACUCCGCCACUCCCCGGGCUGUUCGCACUUUCAGCAGGGAAAACAUCUCAGCCACUAGAAGAAGAGGUUUAGUGGAGAAUAGGGAAUAAUUAGCAUAGAAAUGGAGUUUCCUCCUUCUUCCUCCGCCAUGUUAUCGCACGACACAGUUUUCUACGCCUUAUACCCUGAUUCCCUCACCACCACCAACACCACCACCCUCCAAUCCCUCCACCUCCAAAUCCUACAAACAAUUUCUCCCUUCACCACUGACUACAUCUGGCAACACCAACCCUUCAACCUUUCUCUCUCCAUUCCCCCAAACCCUACCUGUCUCUGCCCUUCCUCCUCCAACCUCCCUCACCUCCACGGCCACCUCCGCUAUGGCGACAAUCUCGACGAUGAAUGGUUCACCGUCUUCCUCCUUUUCCACAUCUCCCAACACUUCCCUUCCCUUUCCAUCCGGCUUUGGGAUUCCGACGGGGAGUUUCUCCUCAUUGAAGCCGCCUUUCAUCUUCCUCGUUGGCUCAAUCCCGACACCUCCGACAACCGUAUCUUCCUCCGUAACGGCCAUAUCCAUAUCAUCCCUCGUAACCGUCUACCUUCCCCUUCCCUAAUGGAUUCACUCAACUUCCUAACAACCUCCGAGUCUGAAUCGCGAGCCUCUGAAUCGGUUCAGACCGCUGUUAUGAAUCGUAUUAAGGAUUACCCAAACCGUGCUAAGAAGAACAUGCAUACCGUUAGGGUUAGGGUUCCAGUGUCAGUUGCACGGGUUCUUAAGCACGAGCCAUGCUUGAUUUCGCUUGCGGUGGAAGGUUUCUACGACAGAGACAUUGACACCAUGAAAUUUGCGGCGAAGAUGGAGAAGUUUUUGGAAAAAGGGAGGGAGGAUGAGUUGGUUUGCAUUUCUGUGAAGAUGUCUAGGGCUAUGUAUGCUCAGCUUGUUCAGCAAACAUUUCGGGCUCCGAAGAUUUACCCGGAGCUGCCAGGGAGAGACUGGAAGGAGGAGUAUGCGGAGGCGGAGUUAGGGUUGAAGAUUGCUUGUGGGUUGGAAAUGAUGUAUCAGCAGCGGAAGCAUGAUGGGGUUGAAGGGAAGGGUUCUACUUGGGAAGCAUUUAUGCAAAGCUUAGAGAAAAGUGGUUACUUUCAAGGGCUGCUUCCGGGUUCCAGUGAGUAUCAUAGGUUGAUGCAGAAUGCUCAAGAGUAUUAUAGAAACACUUCUCUGCAUUCCAAAGCCAGUGACUUGAUGAGUGCUCCUGUUAGACGCAUCGAUGAAAUUCUUGCUUUGCCUGAUUCGGUGGACGAAUUUAAAGCUCAGGAGGUUCCUCCAUCUGAUGAUGAUUCUUGGCUUUACAACGGAGAGGAAGAAUUAAAUUCUGCUCUCAUGGAAAGACAAAAGGAGAUGGAAUUUUAUGACUUAAAACACAAAAGUAAAGGGAAAGAGAAAAAGGGUCAAACUACCGGUUCAAAUGCUGAUGAGUUUGAUCCUAGUGAUGUGGUAAAAAGCAUGCGGGCAUUUGUUGACACGGUGUCAAGUUACGAGGGAGCUGAAGCUCCCGAUGACAGGAAUAAGGAAGUGGACCUUGAUGUGGAUCAAUUUCUCAAAGAGAUGGAAUCAGUAAUGAAGUUUCCAGGUGAAGCUGCCAACAGUAAUAUUGAAGAAGGGUCGUCAUCUGACCUGGACUUCGAUGAUUCUGAUGAGAGUGAUGGGAUUGAAUCUGCUGAGGAUAAUGAUGAAGAGGAUACUUUCAUGCAGCCUUAUUCUGAUGCUAUGAAUGAAGAACUAAAGGAAACAACCCUUCAGAAAAGUUUUGUUCGAGCCGAUGAACAAAUUCCAAAGAAGGAUGAGGGAACAUCACAUGCCGCAGAAGAUAUGGAUAAUGAUUUUUCUCCUGUCGAUGUGGAUGUAAAUUUAUUAAAAAGCUUGCUUGAUUCCUUUUCUUCCCAACAAGGGCUUCCCGGUCCUGCAUCAAAUUUGCUUGGGCUCAUGGGGGUGCAGUUCCCGCAAGAUGCUAAGAAGAGCAAGUGAUGUUUACGUUACUAUAAUUUUUACUAGAUGUUUCUAAAGUUGAUGGAUUCUCCAACACGGUAGUCUCCAGGUGAAGAACCAGGAUCUUUUUUCCCGGAAGGUAGUCACCUAGUCAGCAGAUAGCAUAUGGGAAUGUCUACUCUCAAGGUGGAAUUGCACCAGGUUUUGGUGCUUGAUUUGUGUAGAACAGUGUUAUUUCUUUGCCCUAUUUGAGAGAAAAGCAAGAGGACCUAUAUCUGUAGCAAGUUAUUUAGCUGUAGUACAAGUGGCAAGAGAGGCUUAGUAAAAUGGAAAAUAGGAUAACCUUAUAUUGCGAAUAUAUGUAAUUCAGAGGGAAUGCUAGUUAUGUUGCAUUAUUACACUCACAAUUUGGAUUUUAUAUGGAAGUUUCCAAAUUAAUUAGACCCUACAGAAGGGAUAUCA